AUGUCGUCUGUUCCUCCUACGACACCCUUCAUCCGGCCCGAAUGGGUCGCUAUAUGUCAAUCAUGUUCCGAACCUGCCGAAUGGCAGGUUUGCAAAGACAAUUCAAAGGGCAAUCAAGGUCGUUGGUAUGCGGUAUGCCGAUGUAAACGCUCCUCAGACAACCAAUCAUGCCAGUACUUCCACUGGGGCUCACCCAGAUCAUCCCCCACACAAUCACCAGUCCUUCCCCACAGUACCGCUAUGCCAACCCAGCCUAUGCCAACCCAGCCUGGACCACCACCACCACCGCCAGUUGGUGACGCGUCCUCUCAACCACGCCUGUGCGCUGUACCUGGAUGUAAGUUCACAUGGAUCGCACCAGAUUGCGAAAACUUGUGUUGUCGCAAGCAUUGUGUUGCCUUUGGUGGGUGUUCUUCGAAGACCCACAAGCCCACCCCUGCCGAAAGUCAGCGAAACAUGGCAAUUGACCCUGUCCUUCGAGUGCCACCAUCCCAACCUGCCAAGGCUGGCCCUUCAGCAGUACACUCGGCCCCUGCUCCUAGCCCCACGAUCUCACUCAACAUGCAGGUGCCUACUUCUUCCGCUGUCGCCCACACCCCUUCACAGCUGCCUACUUCUUCUGGUGCCACCUAUACCCCUUCACAGGUGCCUACUCCCGCCAUUGCCCACGCUUCUUCAGAGGGACGUUCGUACCCCUCAAACAAGGGUAAAGAUCGGGCACUGCCUCCAUCAGAGGUUGACAUACAUGCCAACCCUCGUUACCCAUCGCAACUCCCACCUGUUUUCACUCAGCGCUAUGCUGAACAAGAACAGCAGUUGAAGGCAACGGCGCACCAAGCUGCCGAGCAGCAUAAUCUCGAGCAUCGCAUGAAGAAUACUGUGGAAGUCUAUGGAUGGUCAAAGGACGGUGCAGAGGUGACCAUGUGCGAAUUUCAAGAAGGCAUCACCCUGCCGCAAUUCAAGGUGACUGCACAAGUACUUCGUGUGCUUGGGCUGUGCUCUGGAGACGACGCAGAGGCUCAAGUCCAAUACUUCAAUGCGUCGAGGAGCCGAUGGUCGACAGUCCAGCAAGGGCACGCGCUCAUGCUCGACAGCCGUCAAGUGUACAUGCGGACCAUAGGUGUUACAAUCACUCCCGAGUUCGACAACAUCUUCGAAAGCAACUCUCUUCAUGUUGUUCCCAAUAUUCGCACCAAUCUCAAAGCUGAGCGCGCUGCCGUUCGUCUGUCCAACACACGCACACAGCUUAGGGCUGCUAGCAUCGCAGCCUCCGAUUCAGAGGAUCCAGAAGAUAUGCGGAAGCCUGUUCGUCCAUACUCGCCUGCAUUGAUCAUCAAACAUGAGCGCACACUUCUGACACCACGUCGGUCAUUCUCAAUACCAAACUCGCCUCCACUGGCAAUAAAACAUGAACACGCUGUGGACGCUAAUUUGCAGGACGUGAUUGAGCUAUUUUCCGAUUCUGGCUCCGAGGUCGACAUCAACAUCACUCCCCAUCAACAUGUGCCACAUCCAAGUCGACAUUGUUCACUGUCGUCGGACAGUAGCCACAGUGCAUCAUCGGACAGCGGCAGCCUGAGCGACCCCUCUACUGUAUCUGAGUGUUCAUCACUGUCUUCAGGUCACUCUCCUGAGGAUGCUGUUGAUGUUGAUGCCUUUGACAAUGUCAGGCGCUGGCCUACCAGCUUCUAUGCAUGUGAAAUCGCAGAUGGCUUCAAGAAAUACGACAAAUCCCGCAGAGUCGGACUGUGUUCUCACGCUGCGUUCUCACUGGCAUUCGGAGGGGGUGUACACUUCCGUCCCUCGACCUUCUCAGAGCAUCGGAAACGAUGGGACCAAGCACCGGCAUCUUCAAGAACCAUGUUUAUAUGA